AUGACCAAUAUAUUUCAGUUUCUCGUGAAGCACGGUGAUUUGUUUUACGAGUCUAGAGAGCAUUUUUUGAGUUGGAUCGUUACCUCCUUACCCAAGCUUGUUCUUCAUUUUCCGAACCCGUCAACAGAAAACAAAAAGUUAUCCAUAAAUCUUAUUAUUUUAAUUCGGGAUUGGGAAAAGCGUCGAAUUUCUGAGGCUGCGAGGACCAGCCCUGAGGCCUCACCAUCCAGAAAGCGGAAGUACGGUCAAUUGCCGGCAGACUCACGGUCCCCGCCGGCUCCUGGCUCUGUGUCCAACUCGGACAAAACGGAAUAUGCGGUUCCAACUGUGCUUCGUAUGCACGUAGUCAAGCAUUUGGUGACAUUUAUUUGCGGCCUCCAGGAGAAAUUUUCUUCUAGUGAACUAUGCUGGAAUGCACUUGGUUUGCUGAAGGAGUUUCUUAGCUCAAGGUACUGGGGGGAUCUAGAUAUCGAUUUGUUCCCGAAGGUCACCGAAAAACACCUUGUUCUCAAUGAUAUCACGAAAGAUACACUUCCCGGGUUCCUUAAUGGGUUACGGGUCAUAGGGAUAAUUGUUGAUCUCAAGUCUGAUGACUGGAUCAUGCAACACCUGCCGCAAAUCCAAAAAAUACUGGAGAAGUCCCUAAGGUCUGAUAACGCCGAAGUACAAAAGAGUCUUCAGCCGGUGCUUGCGCGGGUGCUUCAGGCCAUUCCUGCUACUAGGGUGGAAGGGGAAGAGGAGGAGGAGGAGCAGACGGACUCGCCAUCCGACUCGUUUAUUUCCAUACUUACUACCAUUGUACAGGAGAAUCUGAACACCAAUCUCAUGUCCAGUGUCAAUAUCCUUUGGACCUUAUCUGAGAAACGUCCAACCGUUAUAGAUGACCACAUACCGGCGCUCAUGAAAGCGUUUCAGAAACUUGGGAAAGACCACCUUUCGGCACCUCCGGGUGGACCUGCGCCAGUGGUCAAUCUGCCGAAUUCGGCUAAGACAGAACCAAACACUGGAGGUAAUUCUCAGGUUUUUGAUCCAGACACUACGACAGAGCUCCUUCGAAUGGUGAUAGACGUUGCGUCCGCAAGGGUAUCUGUGCUGGGGGACCAGCGUAGGCCCUUCUUGAGUGUGAUGGCUCAGUUGGUUGAGAGGUCUUCAAGCUCGGAGUUAUGUUUGAAAAUUUUACACAUUGUGCGGGGAUGGGUAUUUGGAUCGACGGAGUCUUUCCCAACGUUGAAGGAAAAAAUAGCUGUAUUAUCGAAGAUGCUGUCAUUCGAGUCAAGACCUGAUCCAGCACUUUGCAGUAGCUUUUUGGACUUGGUGAUUGAUAUAUACGAACACCCCGUGAUCACUAAGACAGAGCUUACGGUCCGGCUUGAACCGGCCUUUUUGAUCGGAACCCGGGCGAAGGAUGUUAACAUGCGUAAUCGGUUCUUGCAAAUCUUUGACCGGAGUCUCUCGCGGACGAUUAGCAAUCGACUCAGCUUUGUUUUGGCAUCUCAAAAUUGGGAAAUCCUUGCGGAUUCCUAUUGGCUAAAUCAAGCAUCGCAUUUACUUUUUGGGUCGGUGGAUAUGGAUCUCCGGAUUGAACUUCAUGAGGACGAUCUAAGAGUCGCACCAGCAUCUUCCGCAGUAAUGGCAUAUGUAUUAGAUGAGCGAAGGGAUUCUUUGAUGCUGGACGAAAAGUUUGAAGAUUUCAUGGCUCGUCAUAGAAGGUUUUGCCAAAGUUUGGCGGAGGUAAGAGCUGGGGAUAUCUUUGAGCCAAUGGCUCAACUUCAACAUCUCGAUCCGAAGGUAGGACAUCAAAUAUGGGUUGCGCUGUUCCCGUUAUGUUGGUCGGCAUUGGGCAAGGAGGAUCGCCAAGAUCUUUUACGGGGCAUUGUUUCGCUUCUAUCCAAGGAAUGGCAUCAUCGGCAAAUGGACAAGCGGCCCAAUGUCAUCCAAAGUAUUCUUGAAGGAGUUGAGCGUGCAUCCCCGAAAUUAACCUUACCUCCUCACAUGGUCAAAUUCCUUAGCAAAACUCACGAUUCCUGUAACUUAGAUGCGCUGGCGGAAAUGUAUUCCAUGCUUUCUGAAGAGGACCUGUUCUACGGCCUGUGGCGACGACGGGCCCAAUACUUAGAGACCAACGCUGCCAUUUCGUACGAGCAGAACGGGAUGUGGGAUAAGGCCCAGCAGAUGUAUGAGGGAGCUCAAAUCAAAGCACGCACGGGAGCUCUACCAUUCUCAAGUUCUGAAUAUAAUCUUUGGGAAGACCACUGGGUUAUUUGCGCGCAGAAACUACAACAAUGGGAGAUUUUAAGCGAGUUCGCCAAACAUGAGAAUUAUAAUGACCUUCUUUUGGAGUGCGGUUGGAGAUUGUUGGAGAAUUGGAAUGGAGCAGACGGGGAACGCAUGGAUUCUACUAUCAAAUCCCUCAUGGAUGCCCCGACUCCGCGACGGUACUUUUUCGCUGCUUUUAUGGCAUUGCAGAAAGUUCACCAGAAAACAGAAGUGCCGGGAGAAUUUUCCAGGUUAUGUGACGAAGCCAUCCAAUUAUCCCUUCGCAAGUGGCAUAACCUACCGCGGAGGAUCACUAACGCACAUAUUCCCCUCCUUCAAGCGUUCCAGCAACUUGUUGAGUUACACGAUGCGAGCGUUAUCUACAGUAGCCUUUCUACAACAACUGCGCAGAACCUCGACGCUAAGUCACAAGAGCUUAAGAUGCUAUUGGGUACUUGGAGAGAUCGGUUACCAAAUGUUUGGGAUGAUAUAAAUAGCUGGCGCGAUCUCGUUACCUGGAGGCAACACAUAUUCCAUUCAAUUAACAACACUUACCUGCCACUUCUUCCAGGUCAAACCCAAAGCGCAGGUGGCAGCAGCAACAGUUCUUACGCCUAUCGCGGAUACCAUGAGACUGCUUGGAUUAUCAAUCGCUUUGCCCAUGUUGCUCGGAAACAUCAACUCCCGGAGGUGUGUAUCAAUCAAUUGAGUAAAAUCUACACCCUACCAAACAUCGAGAUACAAGAGGCCUUCCUCAAACUCCGGGAGCAGGCUAAGUGUCACUACCAGAACCCCAACGAACUCACACAGGGACUUGAGGUGAUCAAUAAUACGAAUCUAGGAUAUUUCGGAGCUGGUCAAAAGGCCGAGUUCUACACCCUAAAAGGAAUGUUUUUGUCAAAGCUCAAGCAGAAAGAAGACGCCAACGAGGCAUUUGGUCUCGCGCUUUACCACGACCUCAAGCUACCAAAAGCCUGGGCAGAAUGGGGCUACUAUAAUGACUCGCUAUUCAGGGAGAAUCCCCAAGAUAUGCAACCCGCGGGAAAUGCUGUUAGCUGCUAUUUAGAAGCGGCUGGUCUUUACAAGAGUGGGAAAGCAAGGAAGUUGCUGGGACGAGUCCUUUGGUUAUUGAGUUUAGAUGAUGCUAGUGCCUCGAUCUCUGGGGCGUUUGAUGCUUACAAGGGCGACAUUCCGAUUUGGUACUGGAUCACCUACAUCCCGCAGCUUUUAACCUCGCUCUCCCAUAAGGAAGCUCGCCUUGCACGAACAGUUCUAAUUAAGAUCGCCAAACACUUUCCUCAGGCCUUAUACUUCUUGCUGCGCACAAGCCGUGAGGAUUACCAAGUUAUUAAGAAGCAGACCGCCCAGGCAGCAGCAUCAAAUCGUGGAAAGGCUGGUUCCCCAAUCGUUGGCCAAGCAAUUCUUUCAGGUCGCCAGACUAGUGUUACGAUACAAACACAAGCCAAUGGAAUUGAAACAGUAAUGGCGUCUAGCCCUCAGUCUGCCAUAAGUUCUGGCCCCCAAGUUAUCAAGGCCGGAUCUCCGGCACCGGUUCCAACAGGGCAGAAUAUGUCAUCACCCACCCCCGCUGUGCCCAGUCCCCAGCCACCGGUCAAGCGUUUACCUUGGGAAUACGCAGAGGAGAUUAUGUCUGUUCUUAAGACUGCGUUCCCCCUCCUUGCUCUUUCAAUGGAGACUAUGGGCGAUCAAAUACAAAAAUUCUUCAAGUGCCCACCGGAUGAAGACGCAUAUAGACUGAUUGUUGCACUUUUGAAUGACGGACUGCAGUGGAUUGCGAGGAUGAACCCUUCACUUGAGGACUCGAAGCUCCCACCCUCUACUGAAUCCAACAUCACUCGCUUCGCGGAGACUAUUCUCCCUGCUCAUAUCCGGGUCGCGUUUGAGGCAGACUUUGUAAACGAACGCCUCAAUUUGUUCUCGUAUAUUGAGAGGCUUCGGCGCUGGAGGGAUAGAUUUGAGGAGAAGCUUGAUCGUCGACCGCCCAAUCAGAACCUUGAAGCAUAUAGCCCUCACUUGAGCGAGUUUAGGUUUCAGAGGUUCGACGAUGUUGAGGUUCCUGGCCAAUACCUUCUGCACAAGGAUAACAACAAGGACUUCGUUCGUAUUGAUCGCUUCCUCCCCCGAGUAGAUGUUGUCCGCGGGUAUGGUGUGUGCCACCGACGCCUAAAAUUGAGGGGACAUGAUGGAAGCGUACAUACUUUUGCAAUCCAACACCCUGCUGCAAGGCACUGUCGCAGAGAGGAGAGGAUAUUGCAACUGUUCCGUAUUUUCAAUGGUGCACUUGCUAGGAGAAAGGAAAGCCGUCGCCGAAAUCUCGGCUUCCAUUUGCCACUGAUGGUCCCCUUGGCACCGCAUAUUAGAAUCGUUCAGGAUGAUGCCUCCUACAUAUCCUUGCAGGGCAUUUAUGAAGACCAUUGCCGGAGGACAGGAAUGAGCAAGGAUGAUCCCUUAAUCUUCUCGCUCAAGAAGGUUAUUGCCUCGCUGGAUCCCGGCAGAGGCGGGCAGCAGCAGGUUGACGCAAACAUCAAGUUGGAAAUAUUUAAUUCUAUUCAGUCAACCAUGGUUCCCCCUAACAUUGCGCUUGAGUUCAUGACCAAAUCGUAUGCCUCAUUCACGGAAUUCUUCCUCUUCCGUCGUCAAUUCAGCUAUCAGUAUGCGGCUUUGACUUUCAUGACUUAUGUUAUGAAUAUGGGCAGUCGGUUCCCGCACAAAAUGUUUAUUGCCAGAGAGACUGGAAAUAUUUGGGGGUCCGAAUUGAUCCCUGCUAUGGCAUCAACUAACGCAUACUUCCACAACAACGAAUCGGUCCCAUUCCGCUUUAGUCCGAAUAUUCAAACACUAAUGGGCCCGAUUGCUAUUGAAGGGAUAUUUUCUUGUGCCGUCAUGGCCAUUGCACGCUGUCUUACGGAACCUGAGUUUGAACUCGAACAACAUCUGAGUGUGUUUGUGCGCGAUGAGAUGAUUUUCUGGUUCACUCAACAGCAUCGUUCUAGUAUAGGGGAACAGCAACUGCGAGAACGGGUACAAGCUAACUCAGAAAUUAUCGUUCGUAGAGCGACAUCAUUAGCACAGUCAAGCGGUGCUGGCGGUAUCCCGGCCAACCAAACUGUUAUCGAUUUCAUUUCGAAGGCAUCAAACCCAAUGAACUUGGCACAACUUGACAACCUUUGGAUGCCAUAUUUGUGAUUACGUGAGGAUGAUCGGUUUCCUUUUUCUACAGGAUCUGGGGUUGGUGGGGUUUGGGAUUCGGUAUCAUGGCUUUAAUAUUUGUAUCACGACGGUGUUUCUUUGGCGCAGUUCCGGACUCUUAUAAGGGCAAAAAACUUGGUGUGGCUGCCUGAUUUGCGUGUUUGUUUUUAUUAUUUUUAUUUGCUGUGGAUGUUAACUUUUGUCUUACAUGCGUUUGACCUUGUCCUUGUGUAUUAUUAAACUUCCGUUAUUCGCUGUCACAGAUAGCUUAAUUCAAGAGUGUGCUACAUGAGCGCUACACGGUUGAAUGGAAAAUAUGCUCUA